GCUGCUUCAGCUGGUCGCGGAGAAGGGCCGGACCGGAGGCGUAAGCCGCGGCGACCUUCGGGGCUCCGCUGUGUCGCUGAGGUGGCCGCCGCUGCCUGAGGAAACAAGGGUAGUUACUGUACAAAAAGAAUUUCACCAGCUAUGGAACUUGCUCAUAGUUUGUUAUUAAAUGAAGAGGCUUUGGCUCAGAUCACUGAAGCAAAACGGCCAGUUUUUAUCUUUGAGUGGCUACGGUUUCUUGAGAAGGUGCUUGUAGCUGCUAACAAGACAGAUGUAAAAGAAAAACAAAAAAAGCUUGUUGAACAGCUGACAGGUCUUAUCAGCAGUUCUCCUGGACCACCAACAAGGAAAUUACUUGCUAAAAAUCUUGCUGCUCUAUACAGCAUUGGAGAUACUUUUACUGUCUUCCAAACGCUUGACAAAUGUAAUGAUAUCAUCAGGAGUAAAGAUGAUACUUCUGCCUAUUUACCGACCAAACUUACUGCAGUGGCAUGUGUUGGAGCAUUUUAUGAGAAAAUGGGAAGGAUGCUGGGCAGUUCUUUUCCUGAAACCGUUAACAAUCUCUUAAAAUCUUUGAAAAGUGCUGAAUCACAGGGACGGAGUGAAAUAUUAAUGAGUUUACAAAAAGUCUUAAGUGGCUUGGGUGGUGCAGCAGCUUCUUGCCACCGAGAUAUUUAUAAGAAUGCCCGGUCUCUCCUGACAGACAGAGCUAUGGCUGUGCGCUGUGCAGUAGCAAAGUGUCUACUAGAACUGCAAAAUGAAGCUGUGUUUAUGUGGACAACAGAAUUAGAAAAUGUAGCAACUCUAUGCUUUAAGGCACUGGAGAACUCAAAUUAUGGUGUACGAGUUGCAGUAUCCAAACUUCUGGGGACAGUUAUGGCUACAGCACUGAUACCAAAGCAAGCAGCAGUGAUGCGCCAGAAUGUGAAGAAAGCAACGUUAGAAGAGGUUUUAGAACUCAUGGCCACUGGUUUUUUGCGAGGAGGAUCUGGGUUCUUAAAAAGUGGUGGAGAGAUGUUAAAAGUAGGAGGAUCUGUUAAUCGAGAAGUGCGAGUUGGGGUUACGCAGGCCUAUGUUGUCUUUGUCACAACCCUAGGAGGUCAGUGGCUAGAACGCAAUUUUGCAACUUUCCUGUCACACGUGCUGGAUUUGGUUUCUCAUCCUCGUGCAACUCAAACUCAUGUAGAAGCUGUCUACUCUCGGAGAUGUGUCUCUUUUAUCCUCAGAGCGACAGUAGGAAGUUUAUUGGGAGAGAAAGCACAGAUUGCUGCUGCUAAAGAUAUUUGUCAGGCUAUCGAUAAACAGAUGAAGGCAGUCGAAACAGUUGUGAAUGAUGCUAAUAUUGAAAACAAAUCAGGAGCAGCAGAAGUUGCCGCAAGUCAACAUGUAAUGGUUUGUGCUCUUCAGGAGCUAGGAAGUUUAGUUCAAAGCCUGAAUGCCACUGCAUCACCCCUUAUACAGGAACCUUCUAUAGGAUUGCUUGAGACUGUUACUUCGGUUCUUCUCCAUCCCAGUAUGGCUGCUCGACUUGCUGCUGCGUGGUGUUUGCGUUGUGUGGCUGUUGCUUUGCCUUUCCAGUUGACUCCGUUAUUGGACCGGUGUGCAGAAAGGCUUAACAACCUGAAGACUUCCCCAGAAGCUGUUAGUGGGUACAGUUUUGCAAUGGCUGCUUUGUUAGGUGGAGUUCAUCAAUGUUCUCUAGGCAUCCCUCAUGCCAAAGGAAAGAUGGUUGUUAGCAUUGCUGAGGAUCUCUUGCGGACUGCGGCACAAAAUAGCAGGCUGUCCUUACAGCGAACCCAGGCUGGGUGGCUUUUGCUGGGUGCUCUAAUGACUUUAGGUCCUUCAGUUGUCCGUUACCAUCUUCCUAAAAUGUUGUUACUGUGGCGAAAUGUGUUUCCCCGUUCGCUAAAGGAAUUAGAAGCUGAAAAAGCUCGUGGAGAUUCCUUUACAUGGCAAGUAACACUGGAAGGACGUGCAGGAGCUCUCUGUGCUAUGAGGAGUUUUGUUGCUCACUGUCCUGAACUUCUAACAGAAGAUGUUAUUCGAAAAUUGAUGACACCUAUUGAAUGUGCUAUGACAAUGAUGUCUCACAUUCCUUCUGUAAUCAAAACCCAUGGAGCACAUCUGAAGGCAAGUGCAGCAAUGGUUCGAUUAAGGCUUUAUGACAUUUUGGCUUUGUUACCACCAAAAACAUACGAAGGUUCUUUUAAUCCACUUCUUCGGGAGCUGGUGGCAGAAUUUACUCUGACAGACAAUUCUGCUAAUACAACUACCUCCCUGCUUAGAUCACUUUGCCACUAUGAUGAUAGCGUCCUUCUUGGCUCUUGGCUACAAGAAACAGAUCAUAAAUCAAUUGAAGAUCAGUACAAAAAGGAUGCUGAGGAAUUGGAAAGAGUGCAGAGAAGAACAACAAAGAUGCUCCAGCCCAACAGUGCCUCAGGAAGUGGUGCCCUAGAACACGAUCCCUCCUCUAUUUACUUGCGCAUCCCAGCUGGAGAAGCAGUGCCAGGUCCCCUUCCUUUGGGAGUAUCAGUCAUUGAUGCCUCAGUGGCUCUCUUUGGAGUUGUUUUCCCUCAUGUGUCCUCCAAACACAGGCUACAAAUGUUGGAUCAUUUUGCAGAAUGCAUCAAGCAGGCAAAAGGUGUUCGUCAACAAGCAGUGCAGCUUAAUAUUUUUACCGCUGUUCUCAGUGCACUAAAGGGCUUGGCUGAGAACAAAAGUACCUUAGGACCUGAAGAAGUCCGCAAGUCUGCUUUGACUCUUGUAAUGGGAGCGCUUGACAAUCCUAAUCCUAUUUUGAGAUGCGCUGCAGGAGAAGCUCUGGGCAGAAUGGCGCAGGUGGUUGGGGAAGCAACUUUCAUUGCCCGGAUGGCUCAAUACAGCUUUGAUAAGUUGAAAUCUGCUAGAGAUGUUGUAUCAAGAACUGGCCACUCUUUGGCCCUUGGAUGUCUGCAUCGCUAUGUUGGUGGAAUAGGCUCUGGGCAGCAUUUGAAAACCAGUGUCAGCAUUCUAUUAGCCCUAGCACAAGAUGGGACCUCUCCUGAAGUCCAGACAUGGUCUCUCCAUUCACUUGCUCUAAUAGUGGAUUCCAGUGGACCAAUGUAUCGUGGAUAUGUGGAGCCUACCCUAUCUUUGGUCCUUACUUUACUUCUGACAGUGCCUCCAUCCCAUACAGAAGUUCACCAAUGUUUGGGUCGAUGUCUGGGAGCUAUAAUAACUACUGUUGGUCCUGAGCUACAAGGUAAUGGAGCUACUAUUUCUACCAUUCGUUCCUCAUGUCUGGUGGGAUGUGCAAUUACACAAGAUCAUUCUGACUCUCUUGUUCAAGCAGCUGCCAUUUCCUGUCUUCAGCAACUUCACAUGUUUGCACCACGACAUGUUAACCUUUCCAGUCUUGUUCCCAGUCUUUGUGUUCACCUGUGCAGCUCCCAUUUGCUUCUACGUAGGGCUGCAGUAGCAUGUUUGAGGCAGCUUGCCCAAAGAGAAGCAGCAGAAGUUUGUGAAUAUGCCAUGAGCUUAGCAAAAAAUACUGGAGAUAAAGAGAAUAACGGGACAAAUAUUAAUCCUUUUGCCCUAGGACUUUGCUCUCGAAGAGAUAGUCAUGGCAGACAUCAAGGAAUUAAUAUAACAGAGACAGGACUGGAAGGAGUUCUUUUUGGAAUGUUAGAUCGUGAGACUGAUCGGAAAUUGUGUUCUGAUAUUCAUGAUACUUUGGGCCAUAUGCUUUCAUCUCUGGCAGUGGAAAAACUCUCUCACUGGUUAAUGUUAUGUAAGGAUGUCCUCGCAGCAUCUAGCGAUAUGACAACUACAGUUCCAUUAGGAGGUGAAAAAGAUGAAGAUUUGGAGAAGAAGGAUGAAAUGGAUGAUGAUACAAUGUUUACUACACUGGGUGAAGAAGACAAAUCAAAGCCCUCUGUGGCUCCUCGCUGGGCUACUCGAGUAUUUGCCGCAGAUUGUCUGUGUCGGAUUAUCAUGCUCUGUGAACAUGCAAAUAAAGCCCACUUUGAUCUAGCUCUGGCCCGCUCUGCCAAACUUAGAGACCCUAAAAAUGACCUUCUAGUGCUUCAUCUCUCGGAUCUUAUUCGCAUGGCAUUUAUGGCAGCAACUGACCACAGCAAUCAGCUGCGAAUGGCUGGUCUCCAAACACUUGAAGACAUUAUCAAGAAAUUUGCAGCAGUUCCUGAACCAGAGUUUCCAGGCCAUGUAAUUCUAGAACAGUAUCAAGCUAAUGUUGGGGCAGCUUUAAGACCUGCUUUCUCCCAGGAUACCCCUUCAGAUAUAACAGCAAAAGCUUGCCAGGUAUGCAGUGCUUGGAUUGGAAGUGGUGUUGUAAGUGACCUUAAUGACCUCCGUCGUGUUCACAACCUUCUUGUCUCUUCUUUGGACAAAGUACAAACAGGAAAAGGGUCUUCCAGCCAGCUGUAUAGGGAGAGUGCCACUACGAUGGAAAAACUGGCAGUACUCAAAGCCUGGGCAGAGGUAUAUGUUGUAGCUAUGAAGAUUAAGAAAGAAGCAGAGACCAAACCAAAGAAAGCGGCAAAAAAUGGAGGAGAUGAUGACGAUGAUGAUUAUGGCACAGUAGAUGAACUGCCACCAGAUAGUCUGAUAACACUUGUUCAACCAGAGCUGCCCACUCUCAGCCGUCUCUGGUUAGCUGCCCUCAAAGACUAUGCCCUUUUGACAUUACCAGCUGAAUUUGCAAGUCAGCUUCCUCCAGACGGGGGAGCAUUUUACACUCCUGAGACUAUUGAUACAGCUAGGCUGCAUUAUCGGAAUUCAUGGACCCCAAUUUUACAUGCAGUUGCACUGUGGCUAAACAGUACAGGGUUUAAUGCCUGUGAAACACCAGAAGAUGCCUCAGCAGCAACACCUCCACAAAAGCAUGCCACACCCAUUAUGUUAAACCCAGCGUCAGAAACGCCAUCUUCCACCAAAACUUUGCAAGAAAUAAAUAAAGAUAGAAUGCAUUUGAUUUUAGGUGUUAGUAUACAGUUUCUAUGUUCUCCUCGACCAGAAGAACCUGUCGAACAUGUCAUGUCCUGCUUGCAAGCGGUGCACACUUUACUUGAUUCCUCUUGCGCUAGAACCCAUAUUGCAGAAGAUCAGCUACUUGGUGUCGAACUUUUGAGUGUGCUCCAUCGACUCUUGUUGACCUGCAAUCCUCCUUCAGUUCAACUCCUAGUUACAGAAGUUGUGCAACAGAUUAUAAGAGCUGCUCAAGAUCAUUUACAAGAAAAAAGAAAUACAUUGAAUGAAGAAGAUGCGAAAGAAAAAGACAGUAACUGUGGGCUGGGUGAAGGAGGAGACAGUGGUGGUCUUGUGCCAGGAAAAUCUCUUGUAUUUGCUGCUAUGGAACUGCUAAUGUUUAUCCUUGUGCGACACAUGCCACAUUUGAGCACAAAAAUGUCAGAUUCUCCAAGUCAUUCUUUCAGCAAAAUCCAGCUCCCAGAAGAAAGUGCUCGUCUCGUGGCUGCCACCGUUGCCAUCCUGUCUGAUCUACCCACUCUUUGUUCCCCAGCUGGAUCUAUGACUAUAUUGCCCACUAUCCUCUUUCUAAUAAUACAAGUGUUGAAAGAUACUGCUGUAAAAACUGUGGGAAAUCAGGUCCUACCACCAGUCAGUGCAGCACUUCAGGGACUGAAAAAUAUAGUAACCCUUCCAAUGACCAUGAAUGAGAAUAUUCAUAAACAGUGGACAAAUCUUAUCCGCAGCACCCUAGCCUCAAUCUUGGAAUACUCUCAGCCAGAAGCCUCCAAGCCUACUUUAGAUGAAGUAAGUAUGCUUACUGCGAUUACACUCUUCCUUUGGUCUGCAAGCACUGAAAUAAUUGGAGUUCAAGCAUUGCAAAAUGGCUGCAUUAACAGAUUUAAAACAGCAUUGAAUUCAUCUGAUCCUUGGGUUCAAGCCAAAUGUUACCAUCUUCUACUUUCUAUAUUUCAACAUACAAACCGUGCUCUCUCUACCCCAUAUAUACAUUCCCUGGCACCAAUAAUGGUUGAGAAACUGAAAGGUGUGGAGAAGAACCGUCCAAACAACAAAACAGAACUCUUAGCAAUCCAAGAGGGAAUUAAAGUUCUUGAAACACUGGUUGCUCUCGGUGAAGAGCAGAAUAGAGUACAAUUGCUUGCUCUUCUUGUCCCUACACUCAUAUCUUAUUUACUGAAUGAAAAUGCCUUCUCUUCUGCAUCCCUGGUAUCAAAAGAACUUCAUGAAUUUGCUCUCCAGGAUCUCACCCGCAUUGGACCCCUUUAUCCUCUUGCAUUUAAGACAGUAAUGGGAGCAGCUCCUGAACUGAAAGCACGACUGGAAACUGCAGUACGAGCAAGUCAGGCAAGCAAAGCAAAGGCAGCUGCCAGGCAACCACCACCCACAGUACAUUCCACGCCAACAAUUAAACUUAAAACUAGCUUUUUCUGAUUCUUGUUGGAACAAUCAUAAAACAUGAAGAAAUACAUCAUUCCUUCUGUGCUGCUGUAUAUCUCAUACUCUAUUUCUCAUUGUUUGUCAACAGGCUCUGCAUUAGCAAUGUAUGUUUCUAGGGGAUUGUUGCAUUACGGUUUGAAAUCUGCGCAUUGCAAAAAGAUGUGAUAUCUGGAUGUAUAUAGAUUUUUAUGAAAUGGAGUAAGCUGACCAUCUGAGGUUGUGUUAAACUGUCUCAUUUAACAAUGUAUUUUAUGUAGUCUUUGUCUUUCUUUUUAGAAUCUUGAGUUCUCGUUAAUUCUGAAAGUUGGGUAUAUAUUUUCCAUAGGCACUAUCUGUGGAAUCUUGUGAACUACACUGCUUCCCUAUACAGCAUUUUAAAAAGGAGCAACAGCAGUAUAUCGGUUGUCUCAGUGAAAGCAAUUUGAGGUGGAAUUUAAAAAUAGUAAAAUAUAGUCUUGCAUAUGGUUCUCCAGUAGCUUCUACUACCUCUUAUCCAGCUAUAAAUGAAGCACCUAAAUUUAUUCCCUUUGUGCAUCUAGUUAUUAAAGAUUCCCAAAGUACAGGAUCAUUUACUAAAACAUUGCUUACAUUUGGAGAAGAGACGACAAUCCAGUUCUUCUAGUGUACAAACAUUUUCUCUCAGACUUAGAAAUAAUUUGUAGGGCAGCGCCAUUAAAUUAUGGCUAAAUCCUUCUCAUUUGCCCCACCCCCACCCCCUUUGGUUAAAAUUUCUGUUAUAACAGAAUACCAUUCAAUUUCUCUUUGAAUUAUAUCUUCUUCAUAAAGUAUGGAGUGGGUACUAUUUUGUAAUAAACCAACAGAGACUUUUGAAUGGGUUUUUGCCACGUAUAGGCAUAAACAAAAUAGUCUGCAUUGAAUGAUAAAGAAGAUAUCUACUCUACUUAUUUUGUAGAUGCACUUGAACUGUGAAGCAUAUUUCUAUGUCUAAAAACAAUUCAGCAAAUAGAAAUGCCUUCAUUGGAGAGCAUGAUCUGAUGGUUUAUUUUACUCUGAUAUUAGAGCAUGGUCUUUAAGUUGAAGACUGUACAUAUUCAGACUUUAUCAACACAAUGCUCAUAGUCUGAGCAUUCUCCAAUUUAAUUUUCUCCUUAAAAGACUUUUCAUGCAGGGGUUAAGAACAGUCUGGUUUGUGAGACUCUGCUAUGUGAGGUCAGGCCUCUAAAUUACAAGUUUUUCUGAAGGGCAGGAUUGUUCUCUUCUCACAGAUUGCUAUCUGUUUGCAAAAAUGGUUGUUUGUGUUCUCAGAAUGAUUUUCAUGAGGAAACCUGGCUGGCCAGAAUUUUAUUUUAUUUUAUUUUUAUAGCAAAAGUCAACUCAAAGCUGAACUCCCUAAAAACAUUUUAUGACUUACAAUGGAAAGACUAACAAGGUGAGGUACAAACAGGACAUUGGUUAGACUUGCUAGAAUGUAUAUGAAGCCUAGACCAACAUAUCUAAAGAUCAUGGACGAGGGGAAGGCUGUAGGUCUAGAAUUAUAUUUAACAGUAGCUGUUCUCCCCCUAAAAUAUAGUUACAGUACAGUUCACAGGUUGCUGAAUUGGGAUGGUAUAAAAGCACCAACAAAUGAAUAUAUAUCACACGUCUACUCCUAGAAUAAGAGAGUAGUUCAGAACAGAUAUUAGAGUAGAUCUAUGUCUCCUGAUCUAAUAUUUUUGAUCAUAUUCUUUUAUUAUCAUUAAGCUACUUAAAGCCAUUUUCAUGACACAUAUGAAAAUCCCACUCUAAUUCUACCUGUUGUAAGAUUCAAAUUGCAACAAAAACAUAUAUAUUGCAAAACAACAAAAUUGUUUUUUUUCUGUAAGAAACAGCGGCUGCUUAAUGAAAAAAAAUGUUAUUUUUCCUGUUAUACCUUAAAUUUUUAUUUAAUAUUUCUUAAUUGUUUAAUAUUUAAUUGCUUAAUAUUUCUUACUCUAAAAGGGAGCAGUAGAAUAGGCAUAUAUUUAUGGUCACUAUUAUUUUUUCAACUGCUAGAAAUUAAUAUUGAUAACUAAUUACAUUUUAAAGAAGUUGUAAUAAAUUAAACACUGUAAUUAUUCAAGUUUUAUUUAUUACAAUAAACUAUCUAAUGCAA